AUGACAAACACUCGUAAUAGCAAACAAGCAUCGCCAGAGCAGCUUGUCCAAAGUGACGCCAGUGAGCAUGACACUUUCUUUGAACAGGAGGGGCAAGAGCAGGAGCAGGAGAAGCCCAAGCAACCACAAAAGCAAAAGCAAAAGGACCAAAAGCAUGAACAGCAGGUGGAGGAAGAAGAGGAUGAUGAAGGCUUUUCUGCUGUUCUCGUCACUACAUUGAAGAAACAUGGCAUCCAAGAAACAGACAUCAAGAAGCUCCAGAGUGCUGGUUUCUACACAGUAGAUGCUAUUGCUUAUUCCCCCAAAAAGUCUUUGCUGGCCAUCAAGGGUCUUUCAGAGGCCAAAGUAGAAAAAAUCAUCAAGGAAGUCAGUGGCCUCAUUGACAUUGGCUUUACAACUGCGCUUGAUGUUCAGCAGAGAAGAAACGAGCUCAUCUACAUCACGACUGGAUCCAGAGACCUUGAUACGUUGUUGGGCGGUGGCAUAGAAACUGGCUCCAUCACUGAGCUGUUUGGCGAGUUUAGAUGUGGUAAAACGCAGCUCUGCCAUACACUCGCCGUCUCAUGUCAGCUUUCAAUGGAACAGGGUGGCGCGGAAGGCAAAUGCCUCUAUAUUGAUACAGAGGGCACUUUUCGAUCCAGUAGAAUACUAUCUAUUGCAGCCAGAUUUGGUCUAGAUGCAGAAAUUUGCUUGGAUAAUAUUGCAUAUGCUCGUGCCUACAACACCGACCAUCAAACAUCUCUCUUGGUCCAGGCAGCUGCCAUGAUGUCUGAAACGAGAUUUGCAUUGCUCAUUGUGGACAGCAUCAUUUCACUCUAUCGUACCGACUACCUGGGCCGUGGCGAGCUAUCAGCACGUCAAAUGCAUUUAGCCCGCUUUUUACGAAGUCUACAGCGCAUUGCCGAUGAAUUUGGUGUUGCUGUUGUAGUAACAAAUCAAAUGCUGUCCAACGUAGAUGGCUCCGCAUCCAUGUUUACAGCCGACGCAAAAAAGCCUACAGGCGGCAACAUUAUGGCUCAUUCAUGCUGCACUCGUUUACAUUUUAAGAAGGGAAGAGGAGACAACCGCAUCUGUAAGGUGUAUGACUCGCCCUCUUUGCCAGAAAGUGAAUGUACAUUUGCAAUUGCUGAAGAAGGUAUCAGAGAUGCUAAUGAUGAUUAG